AAUCGCAAAGUGACCGAAGGCGGUGAUAUAAAAGUAAGGCGAAGAAACGUGCCAAGAAUUAGUUUCGAUCCGGAGAAGAUUCGACGGAAAUUUCGAACAUGAAGAACUCGUACCUCGCCUGGUUUGUCCUGUGCUACGGACUUUUCAGUGGAAAUUUCAUCGCGUCGCGUGCUAGUAGCAAGGCUGACUAUGCAGAAGUUACAGAAGUGUGCAGGGAGCGCAUGAACAUAUCUUUUGAUGAUUUGGAUGAAAUUGAAAAUACGUCAGAGGGGUUAACGAAACUGAUAAACAACGACGGAGAGUUCAAGAACUAUGCUUGCUACGUAGCUUGCAUUCUACAAGAAAGUGGCUGGAUGUUAGGGAACGUUAUCGACGUCGACACAAUGAAGGUCGAUUUAGAAAACUGGGAAAUCGAAGACACGGAAAUCAAAGCGAGUUACGAUGAAACAUUGGAAACGUGUAUAAUCCCGGUUGCCGAGGCGGACGACGAGUGCGACGUGGCUCUAUCCUUCUAUGUGUGCUCCCUAAAAAUUAUCCACGAUUUGUGA